AUGCAAAUGAAAGCUGUUCGCAUUGCCAAGGCUGGCGCCAAAAUUACCGCCGAACUUCGUGACGAAUCUCUGCCGACUCCAGGUCCGCGCGAUGUCCUGAUCAAGGUCCACGCUGCUUCCCUGAACUAUCGCGACACGGCUCUGCUGAGGGGUGAAUAUCGUGCGCCGACUAAGGGAAACGGUAUUCCUGUUUCUGACGGUGCUGGAGAGGUUAUUGCAGUCGGAACAGAUGUCACACGGAUUGCAAAGGGCGACCGCGUCGCAGUCAGCUGCGUUACAAAUUGGAUUGCUGGCCCAUACAUCCCGGAGUAUCGUUCAAGCAGCGUUGGGUUCACUGUCGACGGGCUGUUGGCUGAAUAUGUGAUUUUUAACGAGGAUGCACUCGUCUGCAUCCCUCGUUAUAUGUCCUACGUCGAGGCUGCCUCCCUUCCUUGUGCGGCUGUUACCGCCUGGACGGCCCUUAACAAAGUUGAGCCCCUCCAGCCGGGCCAGACCGUGCUGAUCCAAGGCACCGGUGGUGUUUCGCUCUUUGCGUUACAAUUUGCGAAGAUUUUCGGCGCUCGUGUCCUGGCAAUCACAUCCUCGGAUACGAAGGCCGUUAAGCUUAAAGAGCUUGGAGCCGAUGCCGUUGUGAAUUAUAGUACCACCCCUGAUUGGGAUCGGGAAGUCCUCUCUCUGACGGGUGGCAAAGGUGUUGACAAGGUGCUGGAUAUUGCUGGAGAGAAGACUAUCGUGAAGUCCGCAGCAUCGACUAAAAUCACUGGCACCGUUGUCCUGAUUGGAUUCGCAAGCGGUUUCGGUGGCGGCCUUCCGCCAAUUGAUAUCCUCGUUCGAUCCCUUACAGUAACUGGGUCUACUAUUGGUUCGCGGGUCGAGUUCGAGGCUAUGCUUCAGGCUAUGGAACGGCACCAAGUCAGACCUAUCAUCGAUCGCGUCUACCCCUUCGCGGAAUUCCACGAGGCAUACAAAAGACUCGAGGGUGGACAACAAAUCGGCAAAGUCGUUAUUGAAAUCGCGAAAUAA